AUGCAUAUCGAUGUCUUACGUGUCUUGACUUCACGUUUUAAGAAUUCUGCCCGCCUGAACCUCAAGGGCACUGCCCCUCACUUCUACGACAAUGAUGGAUACUCUUAUGAGGCUGUUCAUGCCGGCCGUCUUUACCCGCGCGCGCUCGCCGCAGAAUCAUUGACUCCAUUGCACGACGUAUGGCCGGAAGUACAGGAGCUCCCCAAGAAUUCCUCCCCCGCAAAGCAACUCAAGAAGGCAGGGUCGAAAGUGGAGUCAAAACUCCCAAAAACUGAAGGACGACCGCCCGGAGCAAGCAAUGUGCAAGGCACUGACCCCCAAGAGGCAUUGGCACUCUCUCCCCCAACGUCAAUACCUGCUACUCAGCCAAUACAUUCCGUUUCUCUGCCCACGGAUUCCUCCCCUUUGACCCAACUCAACGAGGGAAGGUCGGAAGUCACUACUUCCGAAGUGGAGUCAGCAAAAACUGGAGGACCACCGCCCGGAGCAAGCGAUGCGCAAAGCACUGGCCCUCAGGAGUCUUUGCCAUUCCCUCCCCCAUUGCCAACACCUACGCCUCCGGUCACCAAUCAUGUUACUACUCAGCCAAUACAUACCGGUUCUUCUCCCAAAUAUUCCUCCCCUCCCUCCCCUGUGGUCCAACUCAAUAAGCCAAGUUCGGAAGUGGAGCCCUUGAUCCAACUCAACGAAGCAAGGUCGGACGUGGAACCCUUGAUCCAACUCAACGAGGCAAAGUCGGGAGCAGAGUCACCACAAAAAACGGGAGGACCAGCACGCGGCACUGACUCGGCAUUUUCGUCCCAAGAGCCUGCGCCUCAGUCGAAGCCUAAACUGACAAUCGUUAACAAAUCAAAACUCACGUUAAAAAAGUACUUUAAGCGCAUACAAAAAAACCUCUACCAAGUCCUUGCUUGGUUCAAUGUUGCAGGUUACAAAAUUAGAAUGCGAUUCCUUCGCCCUGCCACCCCAGAAGAAUUACAAAGAUAUACCGAAGUAAGAGAUCAACUCUCCGGUUUACUUGCUACACACCAAGCCCUCAAGCUGAACGAUAAAGAGGUACUAGACGCAAACACCUUGGCCAAGCGGCUCGACAAAAAACUAUCCCCGCCCGUCAACCCGUACAAGUCCCCACCUGCAAAAUCUGAGUAUAAAGACUAUUUGGCAAGAUUGGAGUCACGAUAUAAAUUGGACUAUGAUCUUGAAGAUCUGCGCCAACGAUGGACAUCGCAACCUAUCAAACUUUCCCAGGGAUUAACUUCCGCCGAAGGCGUUACUGAGAAUCGGCUGAACAUCGCACUCUCAAACUUGAACCGCCAGAAUUACCUCGCGGAGUAUGACAAACGUUGUCGGAAUGUUAUUCAAGAUCUCCAACCUCAGCUUACACAAUGGCAGGAGCAGCCGAAAGGAUAUUUCCCGUCCACGGACUCACUGCAGUAUUUCCCAUCUUUUUAUCACGAUAGGAAUCCUCGCCAGCCCUACUGGGGCAAGAAGUUCUUUGUUCAAGCUCGAACUGCCCAGCUUCAGUUAGCGCAAGGUGCCGAAUUUCCAUUAUCUCCAGUCAAGACGCCUCUGACGCCUUUGGGGGAGCUUUUGCGAGACACGCCUUCCAGUAUCCCACUGGAGGAACUCUUGCACGACUGGACGAUAGCGGAAGGAUUUGGUGCAAUGCUAGAUUCUGUAAGCCAAGCAGCCAGGACUCUUCUCGUGAAUGAACUUCAAGAGCCACUUUCUGUCGCGCUCAACAAGCCGUUAGAGUUGGAACCUUUCUUAAAAUCGAUCUUCGCAAGCACCAGCAAAGAAGACAUUGCGUGGCGCGAAAAGCUCUUUCAGGAUUUCUAUGGCUCGUCGGCGACUCCGUCCAUGUUAUUUGAACAGCUGAAGGGUAUUCCCGACGAGCAAGUCCGUUUACGCUCUGCCUUUGAAAAUCAUUCAGGCCUGCUUGCCUUCUUGGACAAGGCAGACCGGAAAAGCCUCGAACAGGCUUCAUCAGAUCCCGCAAAGUUGGCGGAGGCCCUGACUUGGAUCGAAAGCCGCUCCGAAGCAGGAAGUAAAGUGUCAGAAGAAUUGCAAGAUUUCAGAAACGAAGCCCUCAAGCCCGAUUACGAUGUCGAACGGCCAUUUGUUGAAAACUUGCACAAACAAGGCAUAAUUGAUCAAUCGACUCGACAGCAACUGAAUCCACCCGGCGGGCUGUCUCGUCAAAAGUUUCUGAAUGCGCUCGGGACGAAGGAAGAUUUCACGAGACAACUGAUGACGAAUCUGGAAAAUGACCUGUUAAAAACACUGGCCCCCUCGGAAGGAAACCCGCCGGGAACUGUCGCAAGGACCACCGAACACCUCGCCCAGUUGCACGUUGAAAAGCUUCACAAGCAGGCCGAGUCCGAGUACUUCAAACCCGGCCUGUUUCAAAAUCCUCCAAAGUACGAGUUUCUUCCAGCACUGAGGGUAUUCGACCCGCAAGAGGUGAGGAAGCUUGCCAAGCUUUCCGACCACAAGGAAAUGCUCUUCAAGGCCUACAUCCAGGCUCGUCUGCCACAUUUCGAGCUUCCCAAGGUGCAAUACAAAUCAGAGAUGGACAAGUUUUUGAGUCAAAUCAAAAUCCCGCAACCCGGAGCACACCCCGCGGCUCGAACCGACAAGCGGAGUGUGCUCCAUAGUCUGCCCAACUUCGACGAACGCCUGUCUGUCUUUUACCUGGAGCCGCUCAAAGCGGCGGACGCGCGAUUGGACGGAACCCCAUACGCACGUCUGACCGACAAAUCGCGGCGACAGCUCAAUGCGCUGGCUUCCGAAGCUUACCUGCGCCGGCACCAACUCGACCAAACGCCCCAACUGCGCCUCCAGUGGAGUGCCGACAUCGCCCAGUUCGAGAAAACACACUUGCGACAGAUCCCGGUGAUCCUCCAAGUCAUGGAAUCCUUCUUGCGCCAGGCAAAGGCUGCCAGUUGA